AUGGAGACCAUUGUCCUGAGCCCGGAGUUGACGCCUGCCGAUGUGCUGGUUCUCAAGAAUCUGGCCGGCGACAUACAAGACCGCCAGUCGGAUUUGAAACGGCCCGCGGACGGCACGGGAACAGACUCUGCAACCCCGAAAGAGAAACUUCAGAGCGGGUCUCUCAGCCAUGGCGCACCCGAGCCUGCCGAGACUAGGAAUGCCCGCGACUUGGCUCAUCUCGUAGGGCUGAACGACCCGGCGAGCCAAGACUUUGAGCCUUCCGUCUUCUCAUCCUGGGACCUGUCGGAACUGUCUACGCGCUUGCACCCUGCCGUGCAUCGUCACAUCUUGCAGCCUUACAUCUCAUGGGCUCGCACCGUGGCACGGCAUGACACGGAUGUCAUCAUGGUCACACACCUGAUCAUGUACUUCACCACGUCCAUUCCGAGUGCCAUCUGGCUGUUCUACCGCUUCUCCUAUCUGCACGGCAUCCUUCACGUGAUCAUGCAAGGGUACUACAUUGGCGCCCACACACUCAUGCGGCAUCAGCACAUCCACCAGAGAGGCGUCCUGGCGAAACGGUCCUGGAUGCAGGUGUUUGAUCAAGCUUUCCCGUAUAUACUAGAUCCCUUGAUGGGCCAUACCUGGAACAGCUACUACUACCACCACGUGAAGCACCAUCACGUUGAGGGCAACGGGCCAGACGAUCUAUCCUCAACCAUCCGCUACCAGCGAGACAACGUGUGGCAUUUCCUUCACUACGUUGGGCGUUUCUACUUCCUCAUCUGGCUGGACCUGCCCCUCUACUUCAUCCGAAAAGGUCGUCUCACUACCGGCCUCAAAGCUGCGACUUGGGAGCUCUCCAACUAUGUCGCUCUCAUCGUCUUGCUUCGUCUCAACUUCCGGGCGACCUUCUUUACCCUGCUCCUCCCUCUUUUGUGCAUGCGUGUUGGUCUGAUGGUGGGCAAUUGGGGCCAACACGCGUUUGUGGACGCCGACGAGCCCGACUCUGACUAUCGGUCCAGCAUUACGCUGAUUGACGUACCGAGCAACCGCUACUGCUACAAUGAUGGCUAUCACACAUCGCAUCAUCUCAACCCGCUGCGACACUGGCGCGAUCAUCCGGUGCACUUCAUCCAGAACAAGGAGAUAUACAGCCAGGAGCACGCCCUAGUGUUCCAUAACAUUGACUACAUCAUGAUCACGGUCAAGCUGUUUCAGCAUGACUACGACCACCUGGCCAAGUGCCUUGUGCCGAUUGGAGAUCAGAUUGACAUGACUUUAGAGGAACGCGCUGCCAUGCUCAAGCGCCACACUCGGCAGUUCAGCGAGGAGGAGAUCCGGGAGAAGUUUGGGACUGCAAAGGCGAUAUGA